CAAGUGCAUGUGUCAAAAGCGAGAACUCGUAUCUUCUGCAUGUCUGACACCAAGUCCUGCUGGUGAUUGUGAGACCAUAGCCGAGUAGUAAUACAUUUCAGCUGCCCGUGUUGAAGUCGACGUGUUCGCAAAGAUGGAGGGCACCUUGAAGUUUGCCGGACGCAUGCACGUGGAAAGCGGCAAACACACCAAGCUCAAGAACAUCCCGCUGCUAAGUAGUACUACUAGCACAAACUUGAAUUAGCGGUGCUACUCUCCCACCGGCAGCGCCUCUCUGUUUGGCAGGUUUGUCGUGUUUGUUUAUGAGAUCGCUACAUUCAGUUGUAGGUAUCGUUGUUGGACUGCCAUCCCCGUACCCAUACAAUACAGUCCACUCUAGAAACAUUACCUAUGGCGACGACUUCGACCGACCCUGUGGCUGCUGCUCUAGGGACUCUUGCACUUCUCGAAGACCGCCUGCAUCGGCUGGAAUUCCUGCUCUCUGGUAAAAGCAACGAGGAAGGCCUGCCGGAACCGAUUCCUACGCCCUCUCACAACAAUGAGACGAUCCGCGCAAAGUUGGAUUCGCUAGAAGAUAGAUUGAGCAAACUGAAGAAGCUCGAUGGCACAGCUGGCGAAAUUGUCCAAAACGUAGAGCGUCUCUCAUCUACAUAUCCAGAUCUCUUCUCACCAUCAACGACUACGUCCGAGACGCCCAAAUCCGAAGACUUGAGUACCCUUGCAUCGAUUGUACUGUCCCAUGCGACCUUGUUUCCCGAAACAGCCUCGAGGCUUGCAUCUCUACAAACGCUUCAGGUGCCGUCCGCAGAACAGAGCUCAAAGCUGGCAUCACUCAUCCCAAGACUCGCUCAAUGCCAGGAAAAUGAAGAGGGCAUAGAGAAAGACAUUCGAGAACUCCGCGAGCGCAGUGCGCGAUGCUUGGAAUGGUGGGUCAAGGUUGGAGUCGUUGCAACGGGAGACUUGUAUGAGGACUGGGAGAGAAGAGUGCACGAAGUCGAAAGACGUCUCAUCCGAUCCGAGCGACGAGCAACAGAGGAACAAGGAUACACUUGAACUACCACUAUGGACAUAUCAUGCAAUUGCGAUCAAUGUACCUUGAGACGCAUGAGAGUAUACAGCUGGGAUCAUAGUCCCACUUGGCUGGAGGGUAUCUGAGGAUUGGAUUGUCGUCACCAUGAGGGCGGAAAUCCGCAAUUUGAGAUCUUGGAUCACUUGUCUGUGACAAGAUGACAAGCAUGUCGACAAGCCCGAGCUGCGAGAGUCGCAUGAUCAGACUGCGCCCUGCUCGGAGGAUUGUUCAGACGGCUCGGAGACUGGGAUCCGGAGUGAUCGACACAGGGUCCAGAAAUAGCGGCGUCUUCAAGCUGCAAAGACAACGGUCACAGUGUGCUUUGCUGGACGUUGCUUGAUGGUGGCAAGAUGCACAGACGGUGCGCAGCCAGUUGACUGUGGCUUUAAUGUUCCGAAACAUAUCUUACCAGCCACUUCGUGCCAGCCGCCGGGAAUAAGGUGGUCUGUGGUAUCGCGGGAGCACGGUUGUGGCGGUGUAAGGGGGCCAAAUGUGGAGCAGACAGCAUUGGUCGAGAACGAUGGAUCAACCAUGUCAGGGGAGUGUCGUGUCUCACCCAAUCGUCGUUGUCAACGCACACUUCGCGUUUCAUGUUGCAAGGAUUGAAGGCGGAAAAGAAGCUUCCCGAGUAGAAACCGCGUCGAAGAAUAUGUAGGAGUGGCCUCAUGGGGCUGUCGACGGCGCAAGAAACGAGAUGACGGUCUAAUCUGUUAGCGCAGGUAAUUUGAGCAAACGAUACUCUUGCAUAACCUGGCAAUUUAUCUGGCCAAACCAAGUUGCUCGUGCCACGAAGGCGCAGGUCCGUAUUGCACACGAGCGCGUGGCCUGUGCGACGGGAUCGGGGAGGAGUGUCAUUAUUGAUCGAGACACAAAUUAGGUUGGUGUGUCGGCGGUCACAUCAAUCACUUUUUCGUGAUAUGGCAAAGCAGAAGCAGAAGUAGUCGCCGUAGUAGCGAUGAAUCAAACAGAGAUACCGAUCGCGUACUAGGCACCCUGAAUCGGAAAGAGAAAUUGUAAAUCUGGAGACACAACUGAG